AUGAAAGCUACAGUUGUUGCUAGCAUCCUGCUUAUUAGCUUAGUGGGAUGCACCACCGGGACUGAAUGUGGUUGCCCAGAUCCAGAACCGGAGACAACCACUUGUGCCCCAGAAACAACGACUACAGCUCCAACAACCACUCGAAAGACAACGACAACAACCACCAGAAAAACUGCGACAACCACUACUCAUGCUCCAAAAACCACUACAACCACCACCCCUGCUUCAACAACGACAACAACCACCCCUGCUCCCACAACAACAACAACGACAACCACCACUCCUGCUCCAACAACCACAACAACAACGACAACCACCACUCCUGUUCCAACAACCACAACAACCACCACUCUUGCUCCAACAACCACAACAACGACAACCACCACUCCUGCUCCAACAACCACAACAACAACGACAACAACCACUCCUGCUCCAACAACCACAACAACGACAACCGCCACUCCUGCUCCUACAACGACAACCACCACUCCUGCUCCAACAACCACAACAACAACGACAACCACCACUCCUGCUCCAACAACCACUACAACAACUACCACUCCUGCUCCAACAACCACGACAACAACCACCCAAAGGACUACAACACCUACAACGACUACGCGCAGGACCACGGUUCCUACAACCACCACAAAGACAACCACUCGUGCUCCAGCAACAACAACGACAACCAUUCGUGCUACAACAACCACUCGUGCGACAACAACUACAAAACAGACAACAACGACAAAACAGACAACAACCACAACAAAGAGAGCCACCACAACGAAAGGAACCACCACGCGCAGGACCACUCCAAGAACAACACAAAAGACAACUCGAAAGACUACACGAAGGACCACAGCUAGGACAACCCGAACCACUCGCCCCGUUACCACUACUCGCCCCACCACACCACAAAGACCGUGCAACUGCGGUUGCGGUCCAGGUGGUGUCAAAUGCAAGGGAUGUCCUGAACGAGAGUCACUCUGCCAGGAGCUCAUCAACACGGUCCGAGGACUGGAGCGCAGAAUUCGCCAGUGCGUUUGUGGUCAAGCGGAGUGGUUGUUGUAA